AAACGCGCAAUGUGCGGCAACUGGUGGGUGGCUGUGUUGGCGGGCCUGUGCCUGGUGGCGAGCGCCGACGCUCGGCGGAAGGCCAAGCGGGACGACUUCGAGAGUGCCAAGUCCCUAGAGGCCGUGGACUAUGAUGAGGACGUUGAUGGGGUAGAGCCAUGUCAAUGCGGCGUGUUCAUGUCCCAGCAAGUGGGCAUCAAGGAGGGGCGGCGGAGCAGGCCGCGUGGGCCUCCGCAGGGCGAGCCCGUCGUCACCUACGACAGUGACGCGCCCAGCCUGCCCUGCGGCUCCGCGGGCUUCAAGCACUGCAUCAGCAAGUGCCUGGACGUGAUUCUGAAGUACCUCCCUCGAGCGGGCCCCGUUAUCUGCGGCGCGGUGGAGCGCGACGUGCACCGUGAGAAAGCGUUUCUUUUCAUCAAGAACUGCGGCGGCGAGUGGACUCCCACCAACUUCUCGGCCGGCAAGGAGUUCUGUUGCACGGACGGCCAGCACCACAAGUGCUGACCGAUAAUGGAUAACCGC